AUGGAAGAAGUGGAAAAUGGAAGAAGAUGGUAUGAUGGUAUCAGUUGUGGUGUGCUAUCAUUAUCGGUAGCGGUAGCAGUAGCAGUAGCAGCAGUAGCAGUAUUAGCAGUAUCAGUGGCAGUUGGCAGCUGCAAUAGCAGCAGCAGUAGCAUGAGCAGUGCACGACUACUUACAGCCGGAGAUUGGUGCCAAGUGGAAGGCGGAAGCGGUCAUCUUCAGGUCGGUGUUGACACGUUAACAUUAACAAAGACGCUUGAGCUUUAG